AUGAAACAUUUAUUAUCAAUUGUAAAACGAACUUCAUUAGGUCGAUUACAAUAUUAUCGUUCUUUAUCAUCUACAGUAAAUAAUUAUAAUCAAUUAUCAACUACAUGUGACUCUCAAUUAGAUAUUUAUAAGAGUAAUUAUGAAGCAAUGACAAAAACUGUUGGAGAAUUAAAAACAAUUAUAAAACGUAUUACAUUAGGUGGUAAUACAGAAGCUCGUGAACGACAUACAUCAAAAAAUAAAUUAUUAGUACGAGAUCGUGUUGAUAAAUUACUCGAUCCAAAUACUCCAUUUCUUGAAUUUUCACAAUUAGCUGGUUAUUUAUUAUAUGAUGAUGAUGAAGUUCCUGCUGCUGGUAUUAUAACUGGUAUAGGACAAAUUGAAGGACGAGAAUGUGUAAUUAUUGCUAAUGAUGCAACUGUUAAAGGUGGUACAUAUUAUCCUAUGACAGUAAAAAAACAAUUACGUGCUCAAGAAAUAGCACGAGAAAAUCGAUUACCUUGCAUUUAUCUUGUUGAUAGUGGUGGUGCUAAUUUACCACGUCAAGCUGAUGUAUUUCCUGAUAAAGAACAUUUUGGACGUACUUUUUAUAAUCAAGCAACAAUGAGCGCCUUAGGUAUACCACAAAUUGCUGUUGUUAUGGGUAGUUGCACAGCUGGUGGUGCUUAUGUUCCGGCUAUGGCUGAUCAAUCAAUAAUUGUUCGUCAACAAGGAACUAUAUUUCUUGCUGGUCCACCAUUAGUUAAAGCAGCUACAGGUGAAGUUGUAUCAGCAGAAGAACUUGGUGGUGGUGAUCUUCAUUGUCGUCAAUCGGGUGUAACAGAUUAUUAUGCAAUGGAUGAUGCUCAUGCUUUGCAUUUAACACGGCGUAUUGUUGCAAAUCUCAAUUAUAUAAAACCUCAACAAGUUGUUAUGAAACCAUCAAUAGAACCUCUUUAUCCAGCUGAUGAAUUAUAUGGUAUUGUAGGUGAUAAUCUCAAACGAGUAUAUGAUGUUCGAGAAGUCAUUGCUCGAAUUGUUGAUGGAAGUGAAUUUGAUGAAUUUAAAAAAUUAUUUGGUGAAACACUUGUUACUGGUUUUGCACAUAUUCAUGGAUAUCCAGUUGGUAUAUUAGGUAAUAAUGGAGUUCUGUUCUCUGAAUCAGCUCUUAAAGGUGCACAUUUCAUUGAAUUAUGUUCUCAACUUAAAAUUCCAUUAUUAUUUCUACAAAAUAUAACUGGUUUUAUGGUUGGACGUGACGCUGAAGCUGGUGGUAUUGCUAAACAUGGUGCAAAACUAGUUAAUGCUGUAGCUUGUUCUCAAGUACCCAAGAUUACUGUAAUCAUUGGAGGAAGUUAUGGAGCAGGCAAUUAUGGCAUGGCUGGAAGAUCAUAUAGUCCACGAUUUUUAUAUAUGUGGCCUAAUGCAAGAAUAUCAGUAAUGGGUGGUGAACAAGCUGCUCAAGUUCUUACACAAAUAACUGCUGAACAACGUAAAAGACAAGGAAAACAGUUCACAACUGAAGAAGAACAAUCUAUACGUGAACCUAUUUUACGUAAAUAUGAUUAUGAAGGCUCACCAUAUUUUUCAUCAGCACGUCUUUGGGAUGAUGGUGUUAUAGAUCCAAUAGAUACUCGACUUGUUUUAGCUCUUAGUCUCAGUGCAUCCCUUAAUGCACCUAUACCCGAUACACGUUUUGGUAUAUUUCGAAUGUAA